GCGUUGCGAUUGUACUUUGUCCAAACGUCGUUUUCACGAGGAAAAUUCAGUAAUUCGAUCAUCCAACGUCAAUUGAAUGUGUCGAACAAUAUCGGAGUAUUACGUUGCGGUCCUUUGUCAAUUGAUCUCAUAUACCAAGUAAUAAUACAAAACGGGAUACUGUAAAUCACUCUAGUGGACUAAAAAUCUAUUUUGGAAACAAGAAGUAAAAUAAUCGUCACAAUAAAACAAACAAACGUCACAAUAAAACCUAACUAUAAUCGAAACACCUGCAGCAGAAUGCUACGUGUGAAUUAUGCUGUGCAACUUUGUAAAUGAAAAAUGUCUCGUUUAUGGCAAAUAUGUUUCUACUGCACAGUGUUAUUCGCAUUUACAUGCUCGCUCGGCUCCGCUGAGGAUACGAUAAAACUAUCAUUAUGCGGCGAACAAUCAAAGAAUAUACGCAGUUUGAUGCUUGUCAGUACAUUAGAUGGAAAAAUAUCAGCUAUUGAUGCUGGCAACUAUGGAGAUUUACUGUGGAGUUUGGAUUUUAAUGAUGGACCAAUGUUAUCUUCCAAUAUUCAUCGCAGAGAACUUGGCAAUAAUGGACAAUGGAUACGUUUGAUUCCAUCUUUAGAUGGUGAUUUAUAUAAAUUUGAUGGCGAAAAUUUGGAAACACUGCCGGUGACAGCAGAUACAUUAUUACAUUCAUCGUUUCGUUAUUCUGAUGAUUUAGUCUUUGCAGGUGGUAAAGUGAUACAUUCUUAUGGUGUGUUAGCCGAUACAGGAAAAAUAUUAUAUCAAUGUGGGGUUUCUGGAUGCAAUAAUGAUACAGAUCAACAAAGAUAUAUGGAACAAGAUGUACUUAUUAUUCAACGUCAUCAACAAACUGUGCGAGCUGUAGAAGCUCGUACAGGUAAUGAAAGAUGGAACUUCAGCGUUGGACAACAUAAUGUAGAACUAGUAUCUUCCGCAGAUUGUUCUAAUAAAGAUGUUGCUCUAGAUAUAGAGAUCAAAGUGGUUAUUCCAGAUGGUUUGGUUUGGGCUAUCAAUAAGAGUAAUCCUACCGUUAAGUUAUGGCAAUACAAGUUUGAUUCUCCGAUUGUUACCAUAUGGCGCGAAGAUACAAAAGCUGACACUGCAACUGUAACUCCAGGAAACUCUUUGAAAGAAAUUGAUUUAUUCGAUAGCUCUCAGUGGGUCUGGGGAUCGGAAUAUUCUUCAGUUAGUCCACGUUUAUAUAUAGGCAUGCACGAAAGACAAUUGUAUGUGCAAGAAAACCAUGGUCAUAAACACAAUCAUAAAAAUUUAUUAGAUUCUAAAUUUAUUCAAGUAAGAUAUCGAUGGCAACCAUAUCCAGCAGUUGUAACUGCUGUUAUAAAUACUUUACUAGAUAAAAAUAACAAUGAUGAAGUAUCUAUUAUUGAAACAAAUGAAGCACAGAGUGCAACUGCAUUAUCUGUAUUAUAUAAUUCAGAAUAUAUUAAUGGUAAUGGCUUUUAUUUAUAUUCAACAGAGCAAUGUAACCAUGAUGAUUCUAAUAUUCUGCGUAUUUCUGACAUGGAAAAACCCACAUUAAAUUAUACUGAAAAUGAAAAUAAAAUAUUCAUUCAUGGAACAUCUCUUUGGUAUUACUGGAGAGAAGUUUUAUUCAUCUCGUUUGGAACUGCCAUUGUAUUAAAUUUUUCAUUAACACGUAUACUAAAUUCAUUGACAACCGUUGUUAAAGAUGCUAUACCUACGCCUUUAAUAGUUGAACGACACGUGGAAAUAGAAAAAAAUGAUUCAACAAAUGAUGAUGGUGAAAAUGUAAAUAACUUUAAAUCGCGUUAUUUAAUGGAUUUUGAACCAGUUGAUUGCUUGGGAAAAGGAGGGUAUGGUGUGGUCUUUGAAGCCAAAAAUAAAAUUGAUGAUUGCAAUUAUGCUAUUAAAAGAAUUGCUUUGCCAAAUAGCCAAGAUUCAAGAGAACGCGUCAUGAGAGAAGUAAAAGCAUUAGCUAAGUUGGAUCAUCACAAUAUUGUAAGAUACUUUAAUGCCUGGUUAGAAUGUCCUCCACCUGGAUGGCAAGAAGAGCAUGAUCAACAAUGGAUUAAUCAAUUAAAAUAUUCAUCAUCUGAAUAUCUUUCAGAAACUCAGACCGAAACAAAACCUGAUGAUUCCGUGUAUAUUAAUGUUACGCAAACUGAUCCUUCUUCUGUAGAAAGUGCCUGUGAAGCUUUAGAACUAGAUAACAUAAACAUGAACGACGACUCGUACAUUACAUUUGAAAAAUCGAACGAGGAGCAAUAUGACAACAAUGCUAUUUACAUUAAUACUUGCAGUACCGAUAAUUCAAACUUAUCUACUUCAAGCAAUGUAAAUGAAAAAGAGUGGUCUGAAAUUAAUGAAAUCGAUCGAUCUGAAAGUAUUGUGUUUGAAGAAACUGAUAAUAAUGUUACAACCGAUAAAAAAGAAAACAAAAGCCGCAAAAGACAAAAGUCACUUUCCUUAGAUUUAAAUAAGAAGCCAAACACUCACAAGUCAGCGAAAAUGUUCCUAUACAUACAAAUGCAAUUGUGCCAAAGACUCAGUCUCAGAGAGUGGCUAAAGCAACACACAUCAACAAGAGAUUUCCCUCGGGUACUAAAUAUUUUUCAACAAAUAGUAGAUGCUGUAGAGUAUGUGCAUUUACAUGGAUUAAUUCAUCGAGACUUAAAACCAUCGAAUAUCUUUUUCGCUUACGAUGAUAAAAUAAAGAUCGGCGAUUUUGGUCUUGUGACCGCAAUGACUGAGAGUUACGAUAAGUCUCAUACACCUGAAGCUGAAAACGAAAAUAUUUCUUUAAAAAACAGCUUACAUACUGCAUGUGUCGGCACGCAUUUAUACAUGUCGCCUGAACAAAUGAAUGGCCAAAUUUACAACUACAAAGUGGACAUAUAUUCUUUAGGAAUAAUAUUCUUUGAGCUCCUUACACCAUUUUCUACUGACAUGGAAAGAGUAGUAGAGUUAUCGAAUCUAAAAAAAUCCGUUUUCCCGCAAAAUUUCGCAGAAAAAUACCCGGCUGAGUACAAUUUGCUCAAAAUGAUGUUGGAUAAGGAUCCUGCUAAUCGACCUACAACUUUAGGUAUUAAAGCAAAACCUCCUUUGCAAAAUUAUGAAACAACUGAUUUUAAUACAGAUAAAGAUUCAAAAUGGCAUUUUGAAUUGCCGCCACUAAGUAGACAUUCUUCUGUGACUAAUAGUAGUAGCAGCGGUGAGUUAUUGGAGAGUAUGAUUUAAAUAUACAAGUUAUAAAUAUUUUUGACAUUCUCUUAUUAAGUAAAGAGUUAUUUAUUUUUUAUCAUUGUAUAAACUCACACUUAAUUAUAUUUUCAUUACAUUUAUACAUGUCGUAUAUCUAGAAGUCUUAUUUGAUCAAACAAUUUGGAUGAUAAUACAAGAUUUUUUCAUUAAAACAAUUUCUUUUUAAUAAAUAAUUUCUUCAAUAACAUCGAAAUAUAAUUGUGUUCAUCUAGCAUUCCAUUAUAAAAAUUAUUAACUUUUUCUUAAAAUGUUUAUUCAUUAAAAACAUGUGAUAUGAUUAUUAUUAUGUCAGACUGUCUUAUUAUUAUAUAAAUUUACUCUUUACCAGAGCUGUAAUAAAGCAAGCAACAUUAUUUUUUAAAUAUAAAAUUAUACAAAAA